AUGGCGGUGCUCCCUGUUGCCAUCCAGCAGACCAUCAGUGAAGUGCAGAGCCACUACAAGAAGCUGCAUGACCAGGUGUUGAGCCUUCAAAGCGAGAACCUGGACCUGAAGAAGGAGCUUCAGGAGAUGGGCGUGCGCUCCCACUCCAAGGUGAUGGAGUCCCUGAUCAACGAGAACCACCGCCUGAAGGCGCAGAUGGCGCAGGUGCGCGUCAUCGAGGGGCUGAACCCGCCGGGCUGCGCCCCGGAGGAAGACGAGCUCAUCUCCAUCAAGACUGUGUCGCUGGAAGGACCUGAAGUUCGGUCGCGGAUUCGGAAGGUCAGCACGCAGGCGGUGCAUGAUGCUGUCCACAUCCGGAAGCACAUGAUGAAUGGAGAGGACGCUGAGAGUGAAGAUGGGAUGCUGGCCAGCGACAAGAUCAAGAAGCUCAAGAUGGACCCCUUCGCAGACACGCCCCUGGAGCCCCCGCCGCCGCUGCUCGCCCGGAAGUCGAUCUGCGGCCUGUGUUUCCCGGUUGACAUUCGAAGCACCGAGAAGGAGCGCCUUAGCAAGAGGUUUACCAACGGCCUCUUUUUCAAGUCGAUCACCAUGCUGGCCAUCGCUGCCAACACGCUCUACCUGGGUUGGGCUGCCAACACGAACGUAAUCAACAGCUUCAGACGCCUUCAAAACCUUCCAGUGGAAGUCCCCGGAGUGGAGUUCGACAUCGCUUUCACAGCUUGGUUCGGGCUUGAGCUCCUCAUCAAGAUGAUCGCCGAUCGCAUGCAGUUCUUCGUUGGGGAGGAGCGGGCGUGGAAUUGGUUCGACAUGGCCUUGGUGGUGGAAUCCUUCAUCGGCCUUUUCUCCACAGGAUCCAAGCUUUCCUUCUUGCGGAUCUUCCGCGUCUUCCGCCUGGUGCGGGUGGUGAAAGUCGUGCGGUCAGUGAAAGCCCUGGCACGGCUGCGGACGAUGAUCUUCGCCAUUCUGAGCUCCUUUGUCGACCUGCUCUGGGCAUUCUUGGUGAUCGUGUUGAUCGUGUUCGUUUUUGCCAUUGUCUUUGACAAUGCAGUUGCAGACUAUUUCGAUGGGCUCACCGUGGACUGGAAUGCGACCGACACAACCCUGAUCGAAGAAGUGGAGGCGUUGAAUCAGCUGUUCGGAAACCUUCCCGAGACCAUGAUCUCCCUGUGGUCGGCCGUCAGUGGCGGCAACGACUGGAUGAACUAUGGAGACCUGGUCAGGAAAGCCGGCGGCUGGUUCUACUUCGGGCUCUUCAACUUCUACAUUGCGUUCUGUGUGGUCGGCAUGUUUAACGUCGUCACGGGCGUGUUCGUGGAUUCUGCGGUGUGUGUCCGCACCGGCGAUGAAGUCGUUCAAGGUUACCUGGACGACCUGCGGCAAACGACGGAGGAGAUCAAAGGCUUCUUCAAAGAUGCCGACGCCGAUGGUUCGGGAACUUUGAACUGGGAUGAGUUCCAAUCGCACAUGAAGAAUCCUGCGGUAAAGGCUUAUUUCUCAGGGCUUGACAUCGACCCGGAGGAGGCCGAGAUCAUCUUCACGAUAUUGGAUGGUGACAAGAGCAAGGAGAUCAAGAUCGAUGAGUUCGUCAAUGGGACCAUGAAGUUGAAGGGCUCCGCAACAAAGCUGGACCUCAUGGCACUCAUGUAUGACCAGACGAGGCAAAGCAUGAAGUUCGAUGCCUUGUGCGAGUUCGUUGAAGAUGAACUGGUCGACAUCAAGCGCAGACUGGUGCUCGCACGGCAGAAGGAGGCCCUCAGGGAGGAGCGGAACGAGCGGAACGAGCGGAACGAGCGGGGACCCAUAAGCCCGGAGCGGCCCGUCUACGCCGGCGCCUCGCCGCCCCGAGCCACGCGGGUGCGCAUCGACACUACGAGAGAUCUGCCUCGAGCCACGGCUGUACCACGCCGUGGAUGA